CAAUAGGUUAACGUCUCGACCCAAGCAACCCCACCGGAUGUAAUUUGUUAUUGUCAUGUUGGUGGUCCAAUGGCUAUCGUUUUUUUAUUCGUAUGCAGAAAGUCCUGGGUUUAAUCCCUGGCCUGUCCAUGUCCUCCUACUUUGUAUCUUUCUAUCUACUUAUUUCCUCUUCUCUAAAUAAUAUUAUGCGUUGCGCGAAAAUUUGUACGCGCAAGCGCCCAUACAUCUCCGCCUGUAAGAAAAAUCAUUUCGGUGUUUUCGGCGCAGUAUUCCUUGGCCAAUUCGCGCACUUAUUGUAGAAGACACCAUAACGAUUAAACAUACCAGCGGAGGUCUAUUAGCGAUUUUGCACCUUUUUCGCUCUCUAUUUUCUUGCAACGGGUAAUACAACACUAACACAUAUAUUUUUAUAUAUGGCUGCAGUCGAAAAGGAGAACGUUCAACGUAGCUCUGGUCCUCACAAGUUGCUACCUCAUGCUUUCACGGGUCAAAGGAUGACAAAGACCGCCAGCUAAGAGUUGUGUGCUCAGCUGCUAGUGCAGCCUGGGCACUGUUGUCCUUCUGACUUCAGCUAGACCCGAGCGUCUGUUCACCAAGGAGGUACGGCUCAAACAGCGUCUGUUCUGGAUCCAAGGUGGUAGCCCUAUCAGCGUGACCUUCCCAGUUUUGGUAGCGACGUUAAACAGAACUGGCCCUCCGGCGAGACAGGAGUGUUGGCGUUGGCUCAAUAACCCACCCGUAAAAUUCCUCUUUACGAAUAACAUAGGAGAAAAUACGACUCGAUACAAUCGGCAAAGACCCACGCGACGAAAAAAGGACUACGAUUGGAAACUUUGCACAUGGAAUUGUAAGUCAUUUGGUUUCGCAGGAUGUGACAGGAUAAUCUACGACGAAUUACAUCCCCGCAACUUCGACAUCGUGGCGUUGCAGGAACUUUGUUUGACUGGACACAAAGUGUGGAGUCUACCGGCUACCUUCUACCAAAGCUGUGGCACCACCAACGAACUGGGAACAGGAUUCAAAGUGUUGGGCAAGAUGCGACAAAGUGUGAUCGGGUGGCAGCCGAUCAACGCAAGGACGUGCAUGUUGAGAGUUAAGGGCCGUUUCUUCAACUACCUACAGCAUCAUCAACGUUCACUGCCCACAAGAAGGGAAACCUGAUGACGAGAAAGAAGCGUUCUACGCGCAGUUAGAGCAAACAUACGAUGGUUGCUCGCCGCGUGACGUGAAAAUAGUUGUCGGUGACAUGAACGCGCUGGUAGGAAGGGAGGAAAUGUACAGACCGGUAAUCGGGCGAAACAGCCUGCACGCCGUAUCGAACGAUAACGGCCAGCAAUGCGUAAGGCGUAAGCUUUGCAGCCUCCCGUGGUAUGGCAGUACGAAGCUCCUUCUUCCCCCGUAAAGAUAUCCACAAAGCCACCUGGAGAUCACCCGACCAUCAAACAGAAAACCAAAUCGACCACGUUCUGAUCGACGGUAAAUUCUUCUCGGAUAUAGCCGAUGUCCGCACAUGCCGCAGUGCGAAUAUAGAUUCGAAUCACUAUUUAGUGGCUGUAUGCAUGCGCUCAACAUCGAACACGUAACGUAGAAGUGGCUCAAGACUACGCGCAGCAGUUAGCAGUGGCCCUACCAACGGAAGAGCAGCUUGGCGCAGCUAAACUUGAAGAUGGCUGGAGGGACAUCCGAUCCGCCAUAUGUAGUAGUACCUCGGCUACAGCACUAGGCUUCGCGACUCCGAAUCACAGAAACGACUGGUACGACGGCGAAUGUGAACAGUUGAAAAACGAGAAGAAUGCAGCAUGGGCGAGAACGCUGCAACACCGUAUGAGAUCGAAUGAGGCACGUUAUAGACAGGUGCGGAACAGGCAGAACUCAGUCUUCCGGAUGAAGAAGCACCAGCAGAAAGAACGAGAUCGCGAAGCGAUGGAAGAGCUGUACCGCGCUAAGGACACACGAAAGUUCUACGAGAAGCUGAACCGCUCGCGCAGAGGUUUUGUGCCACAAGCCGACAUGUGCCGAGAUAAUCACGGGAAUCUUCUCACGAGCGAGCGUGAGGUGAUCAAGAGAUGGCGGCAGCUUUACGAUGAGAUCUAGGAGUAUGUGCACAGGACGAAAGACUUCCGGGCCCUGACCUCCAAGAGAUUGAGGAGAAGGUUAGCCGGUUGAAAAACAACAAAGCCGCUGGAGCAGAUCAACUAUCAAGCGAGUUACUAAAAUACGAUGAAGAAGCACUGGUGAGAACACUGCACUGGGUCAUUACCAAGAUUUGGGAUGCGGAAGUAUUAACGUAAGAGUGGAUGGAAGGUAUCGUGGUCAUCUAUAAAGUACGUUACGCUCAUAGGGCAGAGGGGGGUUUCAGAAAGUGCGACAAGCAAUAUAUAUUAGGUAUACGAAAACCCCGUACAAAGGGGGAGGGGGAGUUGAAAUUUGCGUGACGUACGUACAGCAGAGGUAUCCGCUAUCAGUGAGUCGGCUCCAGAGGCACGUUCUACUCCAAUUGGCAAAUUUGCGCUUACAGCAGAGAACAUUCGGGAACGUUCAAAAAUUACGUCCAAUAUUUGGGGGAGGGGGGGUCUAGAAAAGUGUGACAGUACGUGUAUUGGGUAUAGGGAAAUUGCGUGACAGAGGGGGGAGGGGGGGUCUAGAAAUCCCGAAAAACGAUGGACGUAAUUCUUGAAUCUUCCCUUCAGGCCUUAGUCUGAGCGGUAAGGUAAGUGUAGUAGCAAUGUUAAUGACUAAACAACCCAAUUGCACAAUAAAUUUCAGAAAUGUUUCUGAAGAAGUUCUACUCUUUAUCCACGAAUUCCACAAAGAGUUGCUGGCUGCUGCUCUUGGAAUCCUUUCAAUAAUUGCUCGGGCAGUUCCUUUAGAAAUUCAUCCUCUAGAAACGUGAGGUUGCAGGUCAAUAUGGGCAAGGGGAAGAAAGUGAAGAUUGCAAUCAUUUUGUAUCCACAUCAGACCGAAUAUAUCUCUGCGUCUGCACAAAUUCAUGCGGAUGACGGAGUGUUGGUAAGGUAUGGUAGGCAGAGAGUUCACACAUUGGUGCGUGGAUGCCAGGCGUAAGGUGGUAGAUUAGUGUAUUUAUUACUCUGAAGAUAUUGCGGCACGGUUCGCUUAAUUGCAUAACUCGUAGGCGUUGUUUGAUAGAUUGACACUGUGCUAAGAAAGUUGGAAGGAAGGGAAGCGGCCUUUUCAACCCAUUUCUGUUCUGGCGAUUGCUAUGAACUUAUGAAUACAUGCAUUGCAUAACUCAGAAUUGGUCUCAAAUUCUUCCCAACCAAGCUGAAUUAUAUGGCCAAGAUUCAGGAAAUUUGGCCGUCACAAACCCCUCAUGACGAAGAGAACAAACCUGCCGAUAAUACCCAUCGUCACCCUAUAUAGAGAAGAGAAAGAGGUUAUGAGAUAGAAAGAUACAAAAUAGGAGGAAAGGGACGGGCCAGGGAUUAAACCCAGGACCUUCUGCAUAUGAAUCAGAAGCGGUAGCUACUAGACCACCAAGCCCGUCCGAAAAAAAACAUGAUGAAGAUGAUAAACACACAUCUCUUGAAGGACUUCUUUGAAUUCUUAGAAAAAAAAAUUUUUUUUUGAAUGAACUUCUAGGGUAGAUUACCGGGGAAUCUCAAAUCUUAAGGCGACCAUUCGGAAUGUGAGAACUUCAGGGCGAUCACUAUUUUGAAUGCUGCCUAUAAAGUGCUAUCCCAGAUCAUCUUCCGUCGUCUGUCACAUAAAGCGAAUGAGUUCGUGGGAAGUUAUCAGACUGGCUUCAUCGACGGCCGGUCGACAACGGACCAGAUCUUUACCGUACAGCAAAUCUUCCAGAAAUGCCGUGAAUACCAGGUCCCAACGCAUCACCUGUUCAUCGACUUCAAAGCGGCAUACGACAGUAUCGACCGCGCAGAGCUAUGGAGAAUCAUGGACGAUCACGGCUUUCCUGGGAAGCUGACUAGACUGAUUAAAGCAACGAUGGACGGUGUGCAAAACUGCGUAAGGGUUUCGGGUGAACUAUCCAGUUCAUUCGAAUCUCGCCGGGGACUGCGACAAGGUGACGGAUUCUCAUGCCUACUCUUCAACAUCGCUCUGGAAGGUGUGAUGCGACGAGCCGGGCUCCACAGCCGGGGAACGAUUUUCACAAAAUCCGGUCAAUUUGUGUGCUUUGCGGACGACAUGGACAUUAUCGCCAGAACAUUUGGAACGGUGGCAGAGCUGUACUGCCCCCAUUGGCACAACAGUCCCAUGUGAAUAGGAAACCCAGCAAACAAGGGACUGUUAUGCGAAUAGGGGCAGUGUACACCCACAUGAAACGCGAAGCAGCAAAGAUGGUGAAUGCCUCAAAAACAAAGUACAUGCUGGUAGGCGGAACCAAACACGACCGGAUCCGUCUGGGUAGUAAUGUUACGAUAGACGGGGAUACUUUUGAGGUGGUGGAGGAAUUCAUCUACCUCGGAUCCUUACUGACGGCUGACAACAACGUCAGCCGUGAAAUUCGGAGGCGCAUCAUCAGCGGAAGUCGGGCCUACUACGGGCUCCAGAAGAAACUGCGGUCGAAAAAGAUUCACCCACGCACCAAAUGCACCAUGUACAAAACGCUAAUAAGACCGGUGAUCUUCUACGGGCACGAGACAUGGACCAUGCUCGAGGAGGACCUACAAGCAUUCGGAGCUUUCGAGCGACGCGUGCUAAGAACGAUCUUCGGCGGUGUGCAGGAGAACGGUGUGUGGCGGAUAAGGAUGAACCACGAGCUCGCUGCACUUUACGGCGAACCCAGCAUCCAGAAGGUGACCAAAGCCGGAAGGAUACGGUGGGCAGGGCAUGUUGUAAGAAUGCCGGACAACAACCCUGCAAAGCUGGUGUUUGCAACUGAUCCGGUUGGCACAAGAAGGCGUGGAGCGCAGAGAGCACGAUGGGUGGACCAGGUGGAGCGUGACUUGGCGCACAUUGGGCGCGACCGAGGAUGGAGAGCGGCAGUCACAAACCGAGUAUUGUGGCGUACUAUUGUUGAUUAGGUAUGUCUUGUCUUAAUGAUGUUGAACAAAUAAAUGUAUGUAUGUAAGCUACGCCCAGAAAAAUUGUUGAAGACAAAACCGUUAAGAAACUCCUAGAACAGUCUCCAAGGUAUCUCUGGGGAGAAGCUUAUUGAAAGAUAUUUAAAAAGGAGUCCUUCUUCCAUCCCUCCUAAGCGUAUUUCAAUUUAUUUAUGCAAACUUCUCCCGUUAUCAGAUAGAGAGACGCUCGGAGAGAAAUCUGCUCUAAUCCUGUUACUGAUCAGAUUCAUUGAAUAACGGUAAAUACCCUCAGGAGGAACGGGAGAAGCAGAAAUUCGUACGACCUUUUCAAAUGUUAGUCUAGAAUUAUCGUGAUUCUAGUAUGUUAAAAUUACCAAAACUUAAAUACUUUUUCUAACUUCAAUUUUGUGCUGAGUGUGAACAGGUACAUUUCAGUGUACCGUAAGACAUUUUUGAAACUUUCUCCUGAUGAGUAUGGUCGGUAUUAGGUGU